CUUCUACCCCGUAACAGGUUCGAAACCGAAUUGUCCUGCGCAAAAAUCGUCCGAUACAAACUCGCCAACUGAUUACGGAACUUGAAAUGCGUGCGUUCUCAAGAAGUGACCCGAGGAACUAACUAAUUUAUUACGUAUUAUUCAUAAAACGUAAUCCGUAUACGUCAUAAGAUCAAGUUUUACGUAUGCACUGUACGUAAUUCGUGCGAGGAUAAAAAGUUGAAAAGACUUUUCAGAAAACAUGUGAAUUUUUCGGUGUUUAAAACGGAUGUUAUUUCGCAAGGAGAUAACGAUGAAAAUUCUUUUGGUGUUUGCGUUAUGUGUUCCUGUUUUUUGCUCGAGUGCAUCUGUACCAGCUUGUGUUUGUGACAGGAGGGAUUGUGAAGAAGUAGGAGCCAGCGAAUGUCCGGGAUUGGGAAUUUUAGUAUGGGAUCCUUGCGGUUGUUGCUUAGAGUGCGCCCGGACAGAGGGUGAACCAUGCGGGGGUGAGUUGGGUUUCAGUGGUACUUGUGAACCUGGACUUUCGUGUCAACAACCCGGACCAUCGCCCAGUGAGGGUGUCUGUCGGUUAUUACCAUCCGAUGACAACGAAAGGCUGAAUAACAAUUUUCUUUAAUGUGAGUACCUAAACUGUAAAUGU